UUAUGCCAAAUAUUUUAAAUAUCAAUGGUAAAUUUUUAUCAGUUAUAUAUUUUAAUUCAAACCCACAUUUUUUAUAUAAUUUAAUAGCAACAUCAUUACUAUUUAAAAAUCUUAUGUACAUAUUUUUAAAUCCUUUUUAUUUUCCAUAUUAAAUGGCGUGCUAACAUAACUUAUAACCAACACCACUUCCUCUGUAUUAUUUUUUUACAGAUAAUCUUUAUAAUUCGCAAUCACCUUCAUUAUUAUCUAAAUUAAUAGCUAUAAAUCCUAUAAAUCCUAUUAAUUCAUUAUUAUUUUAAUUUAUGGCUAAAAAGAAUCGAUUUUUUUCACUUUUAUUAUAAUAUUCAUUAAUAUUCUUUAAAUCUGCUUUUAAAAUACAUUCUGAAUAAAGGUUAAAUUAUCUAAGCAUUAAUUUCGGUGAAAUAUAGAAUAUGUAUACUACGAAUAAUAUUAGUGUAUAAAAAAAUCCGAUUAAAUAUAUUAAAAUAGGUAAUAAUAUUAUUAGAUUAUACUUCUAAGCAUUUAAGAAAAAACUCAAUAGUUUUGUAGGUUGAUUUAUAU